AUGUUAACUGCUUUCUUCGCUUUUAUAGGCCUGAGUAUCACUCCUUCAGGUUACACACAAGGACUUUACUAUGAGGUCUAUGAUGGCGAGGUGUUAUUCUCAAGGCAGUCAGAAAAGAAAAUUAUUCCAAAUGGUAAUGUUGGUGAAUUCAAGAAACUUUACAAAGGAAUCAUUGUUCAUGGUUCAUUCAAUCCACCUGAGACAGGCAAAUACAAAUUUAGAGUACAAGGAAAGUCAUAUAUUCAAUUCAAAGUCACUGUCGAUGGAACCGUUCAUACCUAUCCUAAUUCUUUAGGCCCAGCAGGUGCAUGCUGGCCUUCAAUCAUGGGCGAUACAUCAUCAGAUGAAUUCACUCUUUAUGCUGGCAAGCUCUAUCCAUUCAUCAUGUGGCUUCGUACGGGCUGCAACUUAUACACUCAGCAUCUCUACAUUCAGACAGCCAAGAAUGGAGGCGAUUGGGAGUAUACUUCAGAUUGGGUUACAUCAGACGACGAAUCUUGCUAUCCGGGCUACUACGGCAUCCAUUGCGAUAAUCAAUGCACAAUUGAUUGCAAUGGUCAUGGCCAUUGCGAUGACAAUAUUACAGGAACUGGAGGAUGUAUUUGCGAUGAAGGCUACAUCCCUCCAAAUUGCCAAAGCAAGGAACCAUUUGUCCCACCGAAAUGCUCUAAUGGAGCUAUUUGGGUUACUUACAGAGAUGAAAUCUGGUUUGCAGGCAUUAAAGAGAACAAGACAGUCCCACAAAUCAACUAUCCUGAUCUCCAUUACACUUACAACGCUAUUGUCGUUUCUGGUUCAAUUCUUGUUCCAAUUACUGGUGAAUAUCAGUUCCGUAUGGUUGCAAAGCCAUAUGGACAGCUACAGAUCGGCGGUAAGUCAUAUCCAAGUAGUUUAGGACCUGCUGGCUCUUGUUUAGGCAUAUUUAUCGAUGAUGUCAACACAGAUACCUUAUUUAUGUAUUCGAACCAGACCGUUCCAUUUUUAAUCAAAUACAGAGCCGGAUGUGGUCUCUAUAGUAAAAAGCUUGAGCUCUACUGGAAGAAUGGACCUCAAUACGGAGGAGAUUUGAACAGAGCUCCAUGGGAAUACCUUCCAGCCAAUACGAUCUAUCAAUGUGCAUCCCAAGAAUGCGUUCCAGGCAUGUACGGUUCCGAUUGUCGCGGAAUUUGUCCAACAUGUCCUCCAAAUUCGAAAUGCUUCGACGGCAUCCAAGGUAACGGUUCCUGCUUAUGCGAUCCAGGCUUCCAUGGUGAACAGUGCCAAGAUGCAUGCGAUAAGAACUCUGAUUGCGGUGCUUAUGCAUCAUGUUAUCAAGGCCAGUGCUAUUGCAACGACGGCUUCUACGGAAAACAUUGUGAAAGGCAAUGCAAUGCCAGCGCUACAUGCAGUGGCCACGGAAUGUGCAACGAAGAAGGAAAAUGCGUUUGUGAUGAAGGUUUCUAUGGCGAUGACUGCGACAGGACCACUCCAAUUAUUCCUCCUAGCGCUGAUUGUGACAAGGGAGUCAUGUAUACCCGCUACAAGAAUGAGAUAUCAUUCGAAGGUAUCGUUGAAGGCCCAGAAAAGGUCGACAAGGUCGAUAUCCUUGUUGGCGAAGUCACAUAUAACUCAGCUAGAGUGGUCGGAUCCAUUUUACUGGACAAACCAGCGAAUGUCCAAUUCAAAAUCAUCGGAAAACCAGUUGGCCAGCUUGCCAUCAACGGCCAAACUGUUCCAUCAUCAAUAGGAACAGCGGGAAGAUGCGAUGCAGGCCAAACUGAAGAGGCCACGACUUUCAUGGAUCUUUUGCCACACAAAUACUACCCAUUCCAGAUCAACUACAGGUCAGGAUGCUCAUUAUAUACACAGAGAAUCCAGUUGUGGUGGAGAUUCAACGAAAAAGAUGAUUUUGUUUUAGUUCCUAACGAAAACUUGAGAGUUUGUACAGAUAGAACAUGUUUAGACAGAUAUUCUGGACCUAACUGUACCGACCAUUGUUCAUUAGAUUGCGGUGACCACGGCAGUUGUUAUCUUGACCCAGAAAAGUCACAGUCAAGCUGCAUCUGUGAGGAGAACUACUACGGCCAUAACUGCAGAACAUACUGCCACCCAACUAAAACCUGUGGACAGCACGGACAAUGCUCAUUAGACGGAAAAUGCGAAUGUCAAAGUGGCUUCACAGGACCGAACUGCUCCAUAGAGAUCUAUAACUCAUUGAGUGGAGAUUCCAUCUCAUGUCCUCAGUCAGCAAACCUUCUAUGGCAUUCAGAUGAGAAUUUCGGAAAUGUCAAGUCCAGACAAAUUGUUUCUACAGCUACUGUUAAUGUUCCUUCAACGACAAACUACGAAUCGAUUACGAUUACAGGCUCUCUUUCCGCUCCACAAGACGGAUUAUACAGAUUCAGAGCUGAAGGCAAGCCAACUGUGCAUCUCUCCAUCCUCCCUGACUGGGACAUUACAAAUCCUGACGAAGGAUUCCCAUCAGAAGUCUGCGAUAACAGGACAGUUAUAUCAGAAACACAGCCAUACAAUAUGACGCAGCACAAACUAUAUCCAUUCACAUUACAAUACAAAUCCGGUUGCGGCGGUCAAUAUACGAAGUACUUAAAGUUGUAUUACCAAAAAGCCGAUAAAUCCGGCUCGUUUAUUGAUUGUCUUUGGGCUCCAGUUCCAGCAACAAUGCUCAGAGCAUGUUCUGCCUAUCAAUGCGAGCUUGGCUACUUCGGCCAGAAGUGUAGUACUCAAUGCGGAGAUUGCGGCGACAACGGCGUUUGCGUCGAUGGAAUAUCCGGUGAUGGAAAGUGUCUCUGCAACGAUUGGUAUAUAGGACAAGCUUGCCAAUUUAAUACAUUUACUUUGGCAAUGAUUUGUUUCGCAUUCUUCUUCAUUGUUUCUUUGAUUUGGGUUUGCUGGCCAUCCAAACUCAAGGAGACAUGGGAUAAGGAACAGUCGCUUAGAGAUAACCCUGAAUUAGCUACUAUCACUGAUCUCAGAUCCACCCUCUUAUCAGAAUCAACAAAUUAA